AUGUAUCCUGCUGGGAUGGAUUAUGGGCGUGAAAGUGGCGCACUUUUGAUUCCCACCCGUUUUGUGUGGCCAUAUGGUGGGAGGAGUGUGUAUAUCACUGGCUCAUUUACUGGGUGGACCCAAUGGCCUAUGACUCCUCUUGAAGGAUGCCCUACCAUGUUUCAGACCAUUUGUAGCCUGCCUCCCGGUUAUCACCAGUACAAAUAUAUUGUGGAUGGUGAAUGGCGACAUGAUGAGCACCAGCCUUCUAUUAAUAGUAACUUCGGAACUGUGAACACUGUCCUUCUGGGCAGGGAAUCCGAUUACCUUUCGGCAAUUGUAUGUCCGCAAAUGCCUCCUGGUUCUACCAUGGAUGUCGAUAACGCAGCCUUUCAGCGUGUGGUCCUAGUAUCAGAUGGUACAUUGCAUGAGCCCUUUCGUAGAAUUUCAGAAGAUGAUUUACAGAUGUCUCGACAUCGUAUAGCUGUAUUCAUGUCCACACACCUGGCUUAUGAGUUGCUUCCGGAAUCAGGCAAGGUCAUUGCUUUGGAUGUUGACCUACCUGUGAAGCAAGCAUUUCAUAUUCUACACGAGCAGGGAAUACCUAUGGCCCCUUUAUGGGACUUCAGCAAGGGGAAGUUUGUUGGAGUUCUUAGUGCACUGGAUUUUAUUUUAAUUAUGAGGGAGCUUGGAAAUCAUGGUUCAAAUAUAACGGAGGAAGAGCUUGACACACAUACAAUAUCUGCUUGGAAAGAAGCAAAAACAUCCCUGAACAGACAGCUUACGGAACAACAGGUUGCAGUUUCAAGACGUCUUGUGCAUGCUGGGCCAGAUGAUAAUAUCAAAGAAGUUGCAUUGAAAAUUUUGCAAAACGGUGUGGCUACAGUUCCUAUAAUUCAUUCACCUUCAGAGGAUGGAUCAUACCCGCAGCUACUACAUCUAGCUUCUCUAUCCGGAGUACUAAAAUGUCUUUGUCUGUAUUUCAGACACUCACCAGGGUCAUUGCCAGCACUUCAAAUGCCAAUUUGUACAAUCCCAGUUGGAACUUGGGUUCCCAGAAUUGGAGAACCAAAUGUUCGGCCAUUUGCUGUGUUGAGGUCGAGUGCUUCCCUUAGUGCAGCACUAAAUUUGUUAGUUCAAGCUCGAGUAAGUUCAAUUCCCAUUGUUGAUGAAAAUGAUUCAUUGUUGGACGUUUAUUCUCGAAGCGGUAUCACUGCUUUGGCAAAGGAUAAAAAUUAUGUGCACAUUAAUCUUGAUGAAAUAACCAUUCAUCAGGCAUUGCAGCUUGGAGAAGAUCCUCAUUCGCCUUAUGAAAAUCGCGUUCAAAGAUGUUACAUGUGCUUGAGGUCUGAUCCCCUGUUUAAAGUUAUGGAGAAAUUAUCCAAGCCAGGUGUUAGACGGCUCAUUAUCGUGGAGGCUGGAAGCAAGCGCGUAGAAGGCAUUGUUUCGCUGAGCGAUAUUUUUAGGUUUCUCUUGGGGCUUUGA